CUUUGUGCCCGAAUCUCCUUCCUCAGAAAACGAUGCCAUUUCGACGAGAAAGCAGCCUCCCAGCAGCCACCCAUCGUCGCUGUCCUCGCAGACAGAGCCUGCCUCCCUGGCUGACCACCAUGACUUCUCCAAAGACCAAAGGAGCACCAGUUUGGACCGAUCCAGCACCGACAUGGACUCCACCGACGGGGCCGAUUUGCCUCCUCCAGGAGACACCUACCCUGGAGAAAAGGCGGCGGAUUUCUCUUUCAUUGAUCAAACCACUGUCCUGGACUCCAGCGCGCUGAAAACUCGUGUACAGCUCAGCAAGAAGAGACGCCGCCGGGCUCCUAUUUCCCAUUCUCUGAGGAGAAGCAGGGGGUUGGAGUUUGAAAACAGAUUUUCUUUGACAGAAGAACCAGAUAACGCCUGGAUGUUCAAAGAUUCCACAGAAGAGAAGAAAACUAUGCAACGGGAAGACUCUGAUGAGGAAGAAAAGGUGCAGCACGGUGCGAGGUCGUCGUCCGCCCACGCUCCCAGACUUCCCGUGUUCCCGGGGAUGGACCACUCCAUCCUCAAGGCCCAGCUGCGGAAAAGACACGAGUCUGAGAGUCCUGGGGAAAUCGGCUCUGCUCAGCAAUUCAGAUCCCCAAAACCGCAGCUCGGAGCUCCUGGUGGCAGACUGCUGCCCUCCAGCGUAGAGAAGGAGGAGAGGACGGAAGAGAAGUCUCCUCAGUGGCUGAAGGAGCUGAAAUCAAAGAAGAGACAGAGCCAUUAUGAGAAUCAGGUUUGA